GUUUAGUACCGUACUACUACCAACAGUAGUAGCGUCGGACUCGGGAGGGAGGGAUCUUUGGGAUGGAAGGAUUUGACGCUUCCCAGUAGUAGUCCCAGUGCGGAUCCAGAUUUCCCAAGGGCCAAGGCAAAGGACGUGGACAGGUGGACCUCCCCGAGCGCCCGUUGACCCCACUAUGGGCGAUCAGGACUUAGCCGCCCAGCACUGAUUCGAGAGCUAGCAACGCCACCAAGUCUCGUUUGCCCAACAUCAAAAAUCCUCCCCAUCCGGCCUCCUGCUUCUCACUUACACCGCUCGACGAAUGGAUUUCCUCCUAUGGCCUUGCCCUCCUCUCAUAGGUCUCAAUGCCAUGCAGUCCUCGCAGAAGCCUGCAGCAGCGUUGCAGAGACGCGCAGGCUGGCGCAGCACCUGCUUUUUUGUGCGCGUCUUGCGUGUGAGUGAGUUGAUCGUACCGUUGUCCGCUGCGUUCUUGCUUUUUGAUGCAUGCUUUCUGCGUGCCCGCCAGUUUGGAUGACUAGCCCUGUCCGUUUGUCUACUUUGCCCGGCUGUUCUACAGUACUCCUAUCCAGACAUACUGGCCUGGCUCGUGGAUCUUUUCCUUUUCCAACAGCUUCUAUUCCAGGUUUAGGCUCAGGCUUAAACUCUCUCUCCGGCGAUUCCAGAGGCAGAGACACGGCCUUCCAGCGGACCCGCAUGACUGGGACUGCUGCACUCUGCACGAUAUCGCUGGGAUCUGGAAGAGAUUCAAGUCCAGUCGACUGCUUCUCAACGCCACAAGCAAAUAUACCUCCCCCCAGCCCUGAUACCAGUCUUGGUAGUCACGGCACUCACGCUCCACUCGUCUCCACGGUGGAGCGGCCCUAAAGUUGACUCCAUAUCUCAGCAAUGGAUCAGCUCUCCCUGGGAUUCCCAUCUACGCCCUCUGAUACCUCCAUCGUCAUCCAUCAAACUUUGUCUCAACAAGAGGCUUGCGCUGCUAAGAGACAAGCGCCUUGCCAAUCUACCAACUAAAUCCUCGUUUCCGCUUUACGGCACGCACGAUUGCUAGUCCCCACAUUCUAGCUUUCGACCGUUCCGCAUCCAGCGCGACCCUUAACAACAGCAUCACAUCCACUUUCCUCCUUUUCUACUGUUUAUACUGUUGAUCUACUGCCCAAGCGUAAUUGUCACUUUUGUUCCUAGUUCCAUUUCAUCGCAGCACAUAUUCAGUAAACCCUGGCGGUACCGUCUGUUUACAUUACGCAACACUGGGAACUUUCGCCUGCGAGAACGGAACAUUGGCCACCACAUAUAAUUCGAGGCGAACUUUCGGACGACACGGAAAUAUAUUGCCAUAAUAGCCAAGUAUACUUUCUUUUGUUCUAGAGACUCUGUCCUCGCGGACAACAAAAGUUCUUGUUGCAGAUCCUGGACAUACUCCUACUCGUAUAAAUACCUCAUUUUUCGCGGAUUUCUCCAAGGAAUGUCGAAUAUACACCAAUACCGUACAUUAUAGCAGUUGGAUUCACAGCACAAAACUGGCAAGAUCAUGCGAAGUCUGAAGGAACAUAAUGGCAUCAUAUAAAUCAGGGUUCGACCCACCUACUAGGCCAGGUGACUUGCCUCGAGGGAGAAGACUUGGAGCAUACAUGCAGGCUGGAGCGGCGGGAUCGCCCGUGAAGGAUCGGAGGGAGGCAGAUAUUGCACAUCUCUCGGGACAGAUGGAAUCCAAAAGAGUGGUUGUGCCAUCGACCAGGACACCGCAGACAGGACUACCGAGGCCGAGCAUGCGCGAACCUUCGCCAAGUACAAGGAGGCCAGCGAGACCAGAGAGGCCAGAAAGACCGGAACGGCCGAAGGGUAUCACAGCAUCAAGUUUUGGCUUCGGCAGGGCUGCGAAUAAGGCAGCAGCCGAGAGGGUUCAGCCCGAGCUGAAAGGCAAAUCAUCUCGCAAUGUACUACGGAGGAAGCCUUCGUCAAUUUCACAGGUAUCAAAUGCCCGAUCGGGUAUGGAGAGAGCAGGAUCUUCGUCGCCAACGAAAUGGGCACAAACAUCAGCCGAACAACGUCCAAGUAUUGACGCUUCGAUGAGGUCAACAGAGGCUUAUAAUGAAAUAUUUACGAGAACAAGAGCCAGAGCUCCUCCAGUCAAGGACUCGCCACCCAUAAUCCCGGAACUGGAUAGGUACCGCAACAGACCGGACAACUUGGCGCCUCAAACAAGAGUUCUUGCAGACUUACAACCAAAGUUGUCUACUCAUGACCUGCCUCCACCGACUCCUCUUCUAUCUGGAACACCGGUUCACUCUGGUGGAAGUAGCCAUCACCGAUACAGUGGAUACAGUGGAAGUGGAUAUUCUGGAAGUGGAUAUAGUGCCAGUCCAUCAACUAGAUUCUCCGAAUCUCCAGGACCUGGAACUUAUAGCCGAGAUACGACCCCUACCUCCAUGUCAUCCCAGUCUCCAGGUAUAAUCGCGCCCCUAAAGGCUACUACCCCAAGACUUCGGCAAGGAAGCCCUGCUCUAUCGAGACCUCCUGUCACGAGCGUCACAAGAAGAAGAGCUGCGAGCAUUCCGAACGAGGGCGAAGUAGGUGGACUAGUCGAUCAGCAUGGCCUUCCAUCGUUACGAGAAUCAUUAACAUCGUCAUCGUCGAAUUCGACUGUCAAAGGAGAGGGUAAGACUAAGGAGAAAAAGAAAAAGAAGAGAUUGUCUCCACUACCACCGAGUCCACCGCCACGAAAAUCGUCUCAGAAGUUCAAAAAGUCUCAAUCCGAGGAGCAGGAGUCUCCUUCCAAAUCAUCUCAAGCACUCGCUAAACCAGUAAUGACCUCCGCAGAGUCGUCACCUGCCAAAUCACGAGCCGUACAACCCUCCGCUCCUGCUCCGAAACUUGCCCGCCCACCAAUACGGCCAAGUAGAGAAGGCCUCCCUGAUCUCCAAACUCAACUAGGCGAGUCGAUGGCAGUGAUCCAGAGUAAUUUGGCUGGAAUCAAUUUCUCACCAGACAGAAGGAGAAGUGCACUUCCCAGAAGUGCCGUUACGUCGCCUCCACUUGGUCCCCGCUCUCAACAAUCAAGCCGACUUCCGUCAAGAAAUCCUUCGCCUGUGCCCGUCCAGCCAUCUCCGCGAGAAGCAACACCUGCUCCUUCUGGACUCGGUAUCAUUCCAACUCUGAAGCCUCAGCAAAACCCAUCGUCAUCAAGAGGUACAGUCAGUCGCACUCCAAGUCCAAGUCUGGCAAGUUCGAAGCCUCGUUUCGGGUUGUUCGGGCGCCGCACAAAGACUGCGCCUGAGUUACCGACCGUUGAAACGAAGGAGAAGGUACUUCGCAAGGGACCUGUAGCCGGAACUGGACACGAAGGAUAUGGCCGAUAUGGUCCACGAGGAAGAAGUAGCAGUGCUGGAGGUCUGGCCAGAGCUCGGGACAGAAGCAUGAGUGGAGCAAGUUCAUCCCAGGAAAGCGUUGCCAGUACUCGUGCUCAUGACCCUUUCUUGCUUGAACGCAUGAGCCCUGUAAUCAUCGCUGGGGGAGGCGAAAUCAUCGAAAACCGCAACGCCAGCUCUGAGCUGUCUCGAUCAGAAAGCAAUACCAGCCUCCUACUUGGUAGACCUAGCAUGGAUUCAAAAGGUUCGUCGAAUCUUGGUCAAGAGGUUUCUAGGACUACAUUAUGGCCGUCAGCGUUACCCAAGGAACCGACAAAGCGAGCUUCGGCUAUCGCAAUACCUAAAGGCCGUCGACCGUCCGACAGCAGCGACGAUGGCAUUGGUAAAAGUUCUUUGGCUUUCCGGCGAUCUAUUCAGAACUCAAGUAGCACGUUGAAUCUCCCUCGACCUCUCAAAUUCGCUGGUGGUGCAUCACCGUCGAUUACAAGCUUGGACGCCAGCAUCAUGUCAGACGAAUCUCAAUUGGACAAGAACCCAGAGGUCGAGAAGGCACGCAAACUUCAAAUGACAAAGCCUAAGAAGCUGGAGAAGCGGCCAAGGUCACCGCGGAAGUGGAAUUUCUUCCAUCGAUCACAACCAAACCCAAAACCGGAACCUCGACCUCCGCUCCAAGUCACUGUUGCAAAAUCUGUGCCCAAGUCCGCUGCAAUACCACAUUAUGCAAUGCUUGAUUCCUCUGAUGAGCAGCAAGAACUAGAAGCUUUCGAUCUGGAAGAUAUCCUUCGUGAUGCCGACGUUAUAAGCCUGUCGAACGAAGAGCUUGAUUUACUACAGUUUGGAGAGAUUAAAGAAGACCACCAUCCGACCGAUGACGUUCAAUUUGAUAUGGUUUCUCCUCUGGAGGAAGAGGCUACACCGAUCUUUUCCUCCCCAGAGCCUAUUAAGCUUACACCUGAGAUACCGCAGACUGAAUUGCAUCUGGUCAAGGAGACAGCACCAACGCGUCCAAGUCGAUUGCCACAAGUUGGACGCAUACCCAAGGUCAUCUCAGCUAGGCCAGAGGCGACCUCACCGAAAUCAUUCUCACGACCAUUUGCUCGUCUAAGCACUGCUCAGCCGCUUCUAUUGCCACAAGUCGUCGAUAAGAAUUCUGUUGGCCUAGGUCCUAGCCCUCCCAAGCCAUCGACACCAGAGCCAGUCGAAACCAGAUUGCCCUAUUACGAUAUGGAAGAUGUAUCACGACAAAGCUCUGGUGAGUCCAGGUCGGAGAGCACAAGAGCCAGUCAUCAAGAUUUUCUUGCAUUCUCCCCCCGGAAGAAUUCAGAGGCUACUACGAGUAGCUCUGGUGGUCUUAGCCUCGUUGGAAUCACUGCUGUUAUUCCUGAAGCCGAUGCUGAGCUAGAGGAAGACGAAGUAUGGGAUGAAUACGAUGACUUGAUCGAGAACGACGAUACUAUCAAGGUACCUGUGUCAGCAACAUCAUCACACGGAGUUCCGUUCCAAUACGAGAGCUAUGAAAGUCGUCGGAUGAGGAAGAGCAAGGUGCAAGCUAAGGAGUCUCCUACCUUGACCUCGGCACCACCGAUCAAGGAGCAGGUUGUCGAAGUACCAGAGCGACGCUCAGCCCUUACAUCCUCCAGUGUAUACAGCGGGGACAUGAGUGCGCGGUUGAGAGAUGCUCUGAACACUAUCCCAACACCGACGACGCCGAUGUCAUUCACAGACUUCUUUUCUGGGUAUGGAGAUCGAAAUAACUCUGUUCACGGCGAAUCCGCCCAAAGACCUCGUCGUGGUUCGCAAAGCAGCUCAAGAAAAUCAACAUCAUCAAGCAGCCAUUCGCGUUCCAUUUCAGGGCUUCGAACAAUCUCCGAACAGGAGAGUAGCUCUCCUAUCUCGCAGGUUAACCUUCGUGUGGGAUCAAUGACAGUCAGCAAGUGGUUGACUUUCGGACACGUUCUCUUCAGUCCUGCCAGAGAGGAAAUAAUGCAGCUCGAGGGGCCAACGAAACGCCAUUCGAUCCUGGUCAUCGAUGGCCUUGGUAAUGAUGAUUGGUCCUUUUAUGCUGCAGAAACCUAUCCAAACUCAACUUUCUACAACCUCUCGCCCACUCGUCCACUUUCCAACUCCCAGAGAACAUCCGGGAGCACAUCAUUUCCGCUCACCCCGCCGAACCACCGUCAGAUCCAAUACCUCUCCACAUCCCAUAAGUUCCCUUUUCCGUCAUCUACCUUUGACGUUGUCGUCUUCCGAUUUCCUACUGCCAUGUCUGAGGCAUCCUACCGCAACAUCGUCGCAGAGUCCAAACGCGUACUCAAGUCAGGUGGGUAUCUCGAGAUGGCUAUCCUAGAUUUGGACAUGAUGAACAUGGGUAAUCGUGCUCGUCGAGCGGUCCGCGGCCUCAAAGUCAAGAUGCAAGUCGCAGAUCCGAGUAUCAGUCUCGCCAGCGCAAGCGACACCGUCCUUCGCAUCGUCGGUAAGCGUGGGUUCAGCGACAUCAAGAGCUGCAACGUUGGUGUUCCCGUUGCGUCAAACAUUCCUGCUGCCUCCAAAGAUACUUCCCAUCGCGGGAGCACCAGCAGCAAAGGGAAAGAACGCGAACAUGGCCAUAAGGAGGAAAUCAGCCUAGCAGACAUGAUGAAGGACGAGUCUCGCGCCGGGGACGAGAGUAUCACCAAGAUGGUUGCUAAAGUCGGACGAUGGUGGUAUACACGCUGCUACGAGAUGGCUGUUAUUCCCGAUGGUGACUUAGCCCGGAGUAUCUUCAAUGAUGGCUCUUUGCUUUCGGAGAGCGAGAAGUGGAAUGCGAGCUUCAAACUGGUGGUUGCGUACGCGCAGAAACCUGUCGUCGGGCGGAGGAGGACGGCCAGUGUCUAGUCCUUCAUCUCUUUUACCUCUCUUUAUGUUUGACCCUGAUCCUUGGAUCGUUUCUUGCCGAUUCAUUUGGAUACCGGUCGUUUGGCAUUUGCAUUUAGCGGUCUGCUGCAUAGCGAGGAGGACAUCAUUUCUGGUCUGGUCUGGUAUGAUCUUAUAAAUCUUGUCAAAGACGGAAAGAUAUCAAGGGCGCGAGCCCGUGGUGCAUCAUUUUCCUAUCUGCCUAUUAUUUACAUACAGGCUUACAUUCUCAUCUGUUCCCUUCUUUUGCGGUCACGGGUUGGCAUUUCAUCAUACAUAUCACAUCAUAUCAUCGCAGUCUGGUCAUUGCUUUAAUGGUUUAAAAUUGGGGGGGUUUGUUUUUUUGUGGGAGGAUACGGAUAGGUUUGCAAUGAGGGGUUGGAUAUAUGCGAUGAUGAUUAUGAUGGGAUGAGAGACGCUCUUUAUGUUUUGCUUUUAGUGAGCGAGCGAGCGAUCUGUUGUUGUUUUACGUUUUGAGAUCGAUAGAUACCCACUUACUUUACUCAAUACGUACUUAAUGUUAAGUAUAGACCUGAAUCUAUUACAAAUAUGA